CAGAGCAAUCCCAAAAGUUACCUCGACAUGGCGGCCGAGAUGAUAUGCCGAGACGACGACAAAGAAGUGCCUUCUCACCGAAAUAUGUCGACGACAUCUCGGCAUGUUUUCGGCGACAACCUAGAACAACCGGCUUUCUCUAUCUCGAUAAUUGAGAAUAUGAAGGAAGAGUAUGGCCUGUUUGUGUGGCCUUGCAGUGUGGUCCUCGCCGAGUACAUUUGGCAACAGAGGGAGCGAUUUUCCGGUGCCGCCGUAGUUGAGCUCGGUGCCGGAACUUCCUUGCCUGGAUUGACGGCUGCCACUUUGGGUUCCGAUGUGACUCUCACCGAUGACUCGAAUAGAUUGGAGGUGCUGGACAACAUCCGAAAAGUAUGCGAGCUAAAUAAGCUUGAGUGUAAAGUACUGGGACUAACAUGGGGAGUUUGGGAUGAAUUUAUAUUCAGUUUAAAGCCAAAAAUUAUUCUCGGUGCUGAUGUACUUUAUGAAGCGAGUGCCUUUGAUGACCUCUUUGCCACGGUGACGUUCCUGCUACAAAAUUCUCCAGGUUCCGUCUUUAUAACAACUUAUCAUAAUAGGAGUGGGCACCAUCUCAUUGAAUUCUUGAUGGUGAAAUGGGGAUUAAAAUGCGUGAAGCUUCUUGAUGGUUUUUCUUUCAUGCCAUCCUCCAAGGCAUCUGGGCUAAGUGGCAACAUUCAAUUGGCAGAGAUUGUAUUAAAUAGUGAACAGAGUGAGGAGACUAACUCAACGAUGGCAAGAUAACUCACAGGAGACUAACUCACUAAUGCUAAGAUAUCAGCGCAAGACACCACGCCGGGGCACGAAGCUUCCACUUCUUUCUUAGCAUUGUCAAUGACAUAAAAGGCAUGCAAAGAAACAUUAGGUGGCCCAUCCUUCUCUGCUUUGUUGCCGCCUUUUGAAUUUAACAGCACAGAAGCAUCACAGCCCUUAAAAACAGAAAGAAAACAAUCAGUUGCCAAGGAAAAAGAUAGGGAAGAAAAAUAGAUGCACCGUUUUAACUCCCACCCUUAUGAAACAGUCAUGGAAAUGCAUCCGAAGAAGAGCUGCAGGCACUGUUUUGUCUCUCAUCAUUGCAUUCUUGACUGCAUUUGUAACGAUCAACUCAACGUCAGGACAUGUUUUCUCAUAGUAAUUCAAGCUCAGUGCAUUUCCUGGUAAAGAUACUGAAAAUAUGAGAAUUGAACUGAACAGUAAUACUGGAAUGCAAGCCAUAAUAAGGUAUUCUCGAUAACUCUCAAGUUUGGUUUGGAAUGGAAACUGAACAAUCUAAUGAGGCUGUUUAUAGCCAGAUUAAUAGGAGAUAGAGCCAUAGUUGUCGUUGCCCCACGACAUGAAUUAGUUAAGGAAAUUGAGAAUCUAAAUAAUGGAGUAGUACUUCUUAAGCAUCCUUACUACAUCACUGCUUCAGGACAAGAUACUUUAAUGUCGAUCUUGGUGCCUGCUGCCUGCUCUCUAGCGACUUCUACUUUUUUUUUAUUCUUUCUUUUUCUGUUGUUUGCGUUUUGUGAUUUGAUGAUAUCAUGAGUUAAUUGUCAUAAGCUAUAUUAAGUCUACUUUCUCCCAUGAAAAUAAAGAUGUUAUUUAGACCAA